ACACACACACAGGCGCUGAUGAACUCAUGCGCUCAGAGGCUCGGUGUAAAUGUGGACUCCUACAGGUGCCGAGAGGGGAGAGAGGCAGGUGAAAACUAGGUGAAAACAAAGACAUUUAGAGGGGAAAAGAGAAGAGGAUAACCAUGGAGCAGCAGGAGUUCAGGUUUGAUCACAGCAGAAUGCACAGGCGGUAAGCUGCCAACAUGGUCACCAACAGGGGACACCCUCGCCCCUCGCCCUGGCCUCCUGUCGUCCUCCUGCUCCUCAUCUCCUCCCCGCCGCCGCUGCAGGCACGGCCGCUCCUCGUCCACUCGUCCGUUAACGUGGCGGUGGUGUUCAGCGGCUCCAGCUACCAGAACGAGGUCAGAGGUCGCCUCAGCGGGGAGAACUUCGUGGACCUGCCCGUGGUGGUCAGCCCAGUGACGGUGCUAGUCAACGACACCAACCCCCGUGACCUGCUGACCCACCUCUGUGAUACCAUGGCAACGGAGAAGCUGCACGGGGUGGUGUUUGAGGACGAUGUGGGCUCAGGUGCAGGUGAUCAGGUGGCAGAAGUGGCACAAAUCUUGGACUUCCUCUCCACUCAGACAGCUCUGCCGAUUGUGGGCAUCAGCGGUGGCUCUGCGGUUGUUAUUCCAUACAAGGCGGAGGGAUCCUCCUUUUUGCAGAUGGGAGCUUCUCUGGAGCAGCAGGUCAUCUGCAUGUUCAAGAUGUUGGAGGAGUAUGACUGGGGCGAGUUUGCGGUGGUCACCAGCUUGAUGCCAGGCUAUGACACUUUUGUGGAUAUUGUACAGUCUUACACAGACACUUCCUACUUCCUGUGGAACCUGCAAGAUAUUAUGACCCUGGAAAUGUCUGUUGGGGCCAAUGACUUGAAGACCAAACGCAUGCUGCAGCAGUUGGACUCCCAGGUAUUGCUGGCGUACUGCUCACACGAGGAGGCGCAGUACUUGUUCCGUCUCGCAGCUGAGGUGGGCCUGCUGGGGCCCGGCUACAUCUGGAUCCUCCCCAGUCUGGCUGUGGGCAACCCCAACAGCCUUCCACCUGCCACCUUUCCCGUGGGUGUGAUCGGUGUGAUAACAGACCAGUGGAGGAAAAGUUUGCGUCAGAGAGUGAGGGAGGGGGUCGCCAUCAUAGCCAAAGGGGCAGAGAGCUUUAAGAAGGCUUACGGUUUCAUUCCUGAGGGGCACGGUGACUGCAACAAACCAGCCAAACAGUCAGAAAACAACACUCUGUUCAGGCACAUGAUGAAUGUGACAUGGGAAAGGAAGGAUCUGUCGUUCAACAACCAAGGCUUCCUAUCCAACCCCUCCAUGGUCAUUAUUGCUUUGGAUCGGGAGAGGCAGUGGGACAAGGUGGGAACGUUUGCUCGCGGCAUCCUUCAGGUUCGCUACCCCAUCUGGCCGCGCUACGGCAGCUUCCUGGAGCAUGUAUCUGAUGACCGCCACCUGACUGUGGCCACCCUGGAGGAGCAUCCCUUUGUCAUGGUGGAGAACGUGGACCCAGGAACCGGCACAUGCGUCCGCAACACUGUGCCCUGCAGGCGUCAGUCCAAUCAUUCAGACAGUCCCUUCGGUCAAUCAGAGUCCUUCACCAAACUGUGCUGCAAGGGUUUCUGCAUAGAUAUCCUCAAGAAACUGUCCAAAACCAUCAAGUUCUCCUUCGACCUUUACCUGGUCACCAAUGGGAAACAUGGCAAACUGGUGCAUGGGAUUUGGAACGGGAUGAUCGGGGAGGUUGUGUACAGGCGUGCUGACAUGGCCAUCGGUUCUCUCACCAUCAACGAGGAGCGCUCUGAAAUCAUCGACUUCUCCGUACCGUUUGUUGAGACGGGCAUCAGUGUCAUGGUGGCUCGUAGUAACGGAACAGUAUCCCCGUCUGCUUUUCUUGAGCCUUACAGUCCAGCAGUUUGGGUCAUGAUGUUUGUGAUGUGCCUGACCGUGGUGGCUGUGACCGUGUUUGUGUUUGAAUACUUCAGUCCGGUUGGCUACAAUCGCAGUCUGGUGAGCGCUAAAGCUUCUGGGGGUCCGACGUUCACCAUAGGGAAAUCUGUGUGGCUGUUGUGGGGUAUUGUCUUCAACAACUCUGUCCCCAUUGAGAACCCCAAAGGAACCACCAGUAAAAUCAUGGUACUGGUCUGGGCCUUCUUCGCUGUUAUCUUCCUGGCUUCUUACACUGCCAACCUUGCUGCUUUCAUGAUCCAGGAACAAUACAUCGAUACAGUGUCUGGCCUCUCUGACAAGAAGUUCCAGAAACCACAGGAGCAUUACCCUCCUUUUCGCUUCGGGACAGUCCCAAAUGGGAGCACAGAGAGGAACAUCCGCAGCAACUACCCUGACAUGCACACACACAUGAUGAAAUACAAUCAGAAGGGGGUGGAAGAGGCCCUGGAUAGCCUGAAAAACGGGAAACUGGAUGCCUUCAUCUACGAUGCUGCUGUCUUGAACUACAUGGCCGGAAAAGACGAGGGCUGCAAACUGGUGACCAUUGGCAGCGGGAAGGUGUUUGCCACCACAGGAUAUGGAAUUGCUCUGGAAAAAGACUCGCGCUGGAAAAGACCUAUAGACCUGGCGUUGCUGCAAUUCCUUGGAGAUGGAGACACGGAACGACUGGAAACAGUCUGGUUGUCUGGUAUCUGCCAGAACGAGAAGAACGAAGUGAUGAGCAGCAAGUUGGACAUUGACAACAUGGCGGGCGUCUUCUACAUGCUUCUGGUGGCAAUGGGCCUCAGCCUGCUGGUGUUUGCCUGGGAGCACCUACUUUACUGGAAACUUCGACACUCUCUCCACAAAUCUCACAAACUUGACUUCCUGUUGGCCAUCAGUAGGGGUAUUUACAGUUGUUUCAAAGGAGUAGAGGACCCUGGGCGUUCAUCUGGUUUGGCCAAACCUGACCUGACCUCCAACUAUGCUCAAGCGAACAUGCUAAAGAUGCUUCGCACUGCCAAGGAUCUGGUCUCCACUGCCAAUGUUGAGAGCUCCUUGGACAACGCCACCAAAACCAUAGAGCAUUUAAGUCGUCAUGGUGGGACCCUACCUGUUCGUAUUCAACAAGUUUCCACGGAGAACGUGCCAGGAGGCUUUGCAUAUGUUACUGAAAAUCACUGCUCCCUACCCCAGCGUUCUAUCACGCCACCUCUAACGAGUGUUACCUCUCUCAAGCAACAGAGGGGUGUAAGCAGGCCAACACCACUGCGUUACACACUUCCUACCCGCUCUUCAUCAUGCCUGUAUGACAGACCACUCCCUGUGUCUAGCCUGAGCACCCCUCACCUGGCUGUAGGAGAGCCACUUCCUCAUCAGCACCCACACCACUACCACACCACUGGAAGAAUCUAUGUAGAUUCCUAUUCUCACUCUCCUUUCAUUCCUUACUCUGAUCUCCAACUGCCAGACAUCUACACAUCACAUCCCGUUUCCUUGUCCCAAAACCAACAUGUCCAGGUGGGCUUCUCCCAACCAAAAAGGAGGUCAAAGAGUUUUCAGAGUGACAAUGUGGAUGUAGAAAGGAGAAAACAUGGGGAGCAGGGAAUGAACAACAAAAGUCCUAUUGGUUUGAGUGAGCUCAAGGCCAAUCACCUUCAUGCUAAUCAUGUUUCCAACCCAAGUGUUGACAAUAUUUAUUUAGGAGAUAGUCUGUGUCCUCAGGUAGAGAACUAUGGCUCCUGGCCUCCAGAGGAUCUUGUGCUCAGAGGGCGACGCAGGCACCGCCGACCCUCUUUUCUUAAAGCAACUUGGGGUAGCGAGCAAAUUCGUCACUUUGAUGAAUCUCAAUCUUCUUUGUCCAGCCAAUCACCUUCAAUCUUGCCUGAUCUGUUUCCAUGUGCGGUCACUCCAACUACAUCCGCCAAGCCUUACAAUCCUGCCCAUCUGCGAAACAACCUGUGCCUCCCAAGGAAUCAGACCUACCUCCACAUCAGGGAGGACCAGAGGAGGCCUAAUGGGCGUAAAGGCCAGAGACUGCGCUACUCCCACUCAACCCACCUCCCAACAUAUGGGGAAGCAGUACGACAUGGAACUGGGCUAGGACGAGGAAUGGUGCGGAGAGCGACCAGCCUUCUCAGUCGUCAGUACGCACACUACCUGAACUCAUACCCUGGACUUCCACUUUACCAUGGUCCACUAGAUGUCCAGCAUCACAGCCAGGCUUCCAGCCCCGUUUGCCAGCUGUUGGCCUGUGGUGGUGGGCAAUGUGGAGGCCAGCGAGGCCUGCUGUAUCAGGACAGCUUAUAUGGAGCUUAUGGGGUCUAUCAGGGAUCCCAGACUGGAUCAGAGGGUCCAGUAGGACAGGGAGUGGGUAGCCACCCUGUGGGGAGUCCCUGUGUACUUCGACCAUGGCGACGGGUUUCCAGUUUGGAAUCUGAAGUCUGAUUGGAAACCAAAAGACCUUAUCAAAUGAAAAUUGUAGAAA